UAUUAAACAUUAGCAUUAUUAUUAACUUAUAUACUCAAAUUUAUAACAACUAUAAUGGGAAGAAAAGGUGGUCAUAAGAGAAGAUUCAAAAAUAAAAAUAACUAAGGUUAAGACGGUUACAAAAAGUUUAAGGGGGAUGAUGGUUACAAUGAAUGGUAUUACGAUCAUCCAAUCUUUGAAGCAUAUUACAAACUUUAACUUGAAGAAGCCUAUUUUAAAGAAAAACCAGAAGAAUUCACUCUUUUCUGGAAUAUGAUGAAAGAAAAACUCCCAGUCGUUUUCAGAAUCAAUAAGCUCACUCCUAAUUACUAAGUCUUCCUCGAUAACUUAAAAGAUAAGGAUUUUAUCAAGAAAUUUAUUGAAGAAAAGAGAAAAUAAUUAGAGCAAUAAGGAAAGGCUCCAACUGAAGGUUAAUAAUAAAAGGAAUAGGAAGGUGAAGCUAUUGAAGAAGAAGAACAAGAAGCUGAAAAGGAAGCUGAAGAAUAAUAAAAUGAAGAUGAAGGUAAUGGAGAAGGUGAAGAAGAAGAAGAUGAUGAAGACGAAGCAGACUAAAAGGAAGGAGAUGAUAAGAAGGGAGAAAACAACACUAAGACCUUUGAAAAGUUUGAAUUUAGCCAAGAAGAAAUCGAUACUCUUUAAAUUAACAAUAUUAAGUUCUAUCCUGAUGAAUUAGUUUGGUAGAUUAAUUGCAACAGAACCUAAUUGAAAAAAUCAUAAUUACUCAAGGAGUUCCAUAAGUAUAUUUAAAGAGCUAACGAUUCAGGUUUAAUUUCUAGAUAAGAAUUAGUUUCAAUGCUUCCUCCACUUUUACUUGAUGUGAAGCCUGACGAUAUUAUUUUUGAUAUGUGUGCUGCUCCAGGAUCUAAAACUGCUUAGCUUCUUGAAUUAAUGUACACUUAGGGAGGUAUUAACACUAAGGGUGCUGUUGUUGCUAACGAUGUAGACUAAAAAAGAGCCUACUUACUUACUCAUCAAGUUUGUAGAAUCAAUCCUAGUGGUUUAGUUGUUAUUAACCAUCCUGCUCAAUUCUUCCCUACUCUUUAGGACCCCACAUCAAAUUAAGCUUAUGAUUAGAAAUUCUAUUUUGACAAAGUUCAAGCUGAUGUCCCUUGCUCUGGAGAUGGUGCCACAAGAAAAAUUCCCACAUAAUGGAGAAACUGGAAUACCAGAGAUGGUCAAGUACUCCAUCCUCUUCAAUUAGCUAUUUUGUAAAGAGCUUUAACUCUCUGUAAAGUUGGUGGAUAUGUUCUUUACUCUACUUGUUCUAUCAACCCUAUUGAAGAUGAAGCUGUUAUAACUGAAGCUUUCCGUAGAGCUAGUUAAGGAUCUAUUGAAUUAAUUGAUAUUCACACUAAAUUCCCAGAACUUAAAGGAAGAAGAGGUUUAUCAAAGUGGACUGUCUGCUCUUCAACUAAAAAGCACCCUGGACAUGAUUAAGAAAAGAAGGAAACUGUAGCUGAUUGGUUAAAAAUUUAUGACAACUUUGAAUCUAUCGAAAAAAAUGAUAAGCUUGCAUAAUUCGUUAGAGACUCUAUGUUCCCUGAACCUGAAGAUAAAAUGACUAAUGAAAUUAAAAUUUAAAACACCAUGCGUAUUCUUCCUCAUGAUUAAGACACUGGUGGUUUUUACUUAGCCUUAAUCAAGAAGAACUCUUUGAUCAAUUGGAGCAAGAAGGGAUUACCUAAGACUGCUGGCUCUAAUAAUGAAGAAUAAUCUGCUUAAUAGCAACAAGAGCAACCCGCUUAAUAAUAAGUUGUUGAUGAUUAUAUUCCUGAUGCUAGUGAAAUACCCAAAGAAGCUGAAAGCCUUUAAAACGUAGAAGGAGAUGCCCAAGAUGGUAAGAAAAAUAACAAAAAUAAAGAACCAGUUCAAAAAGAAAAUUUUGUAACCAUUCCCGAAGAAGAUUGGUAAAAUAUAAAAGAAAACUACGGUAUUGAAGGUAUUGAUUAGUCUUUAUUCGUAGUUAACACUAUUGGAAAGUAAAAGGUUGUUAGAUUAAUUACUGAAGGUGCCAAAAAAUUCAAUGACUGUGAUGUUAAAGGUGUUGUUAACAAAGUUAACAUGGGUACAAAGGCUUUUGAGAGAUCAAGAGAAACUUUCUAGGGAAUUUAAUGCAGAUUUAGAAUUUGCUAAGAUUCUGUAAAUUUAAUUGCUCCUUACAUGAGCAAGAGAAAAAUAGUUGUUUCUGAAGAUGACUUUAAGUUCUUCGUUUAAAAUAAAAACGCUAAGUAUACUGAAAUGCCUAAUUAAAAAUUAAAAGAAGAAAUUGCUUAAUUAGGCCAAGGAUCUAUUAUCCUUCACUGCCCUACCUACAAUGAUAAUCUUGUCUGUUAGAACUUCCAUCAAUCUGUAAAUAUCAUGAUUAGUAAGGAAAUAACAGAAUCAUUCAAAAUUAGAUAUCUCAAAUAAUUAUUCUGA